CGGGGGCGGAGCGGUUCCUUUCAGGCAGGCGCUGGCUGGGCAGUGAUGGCGGACGAUGGGAUUGGAAAGCUAAGGACGGAGCAAGGCGACGGCGGCAGCAGCGGCGGCGACGCUCCGCCGGAGACGGCGAGUGCCUCGUCCGGAAGCUGGCUCUGGGGAAGCUGGUUCGACAUGCUAUUUAUCUUGACGCUGGUGAUCGUGACGCUUUUGGCCUAUCAGGUCUACAAGCGCUGGGGCAAAAGGAUCGGAGCUGGGGGCGCGGCGCAACAAAGUCAGGCCCACUCCUUGCCCCGCAUGAAGCGGCGGGACUUCACUCUGGAGCAGCUGCGCGAGUACGACGGCGCGCGGUUGCCGCGCAUCCUUCUGGCCGUCAACGGCAAAGUCUUCGAUGUAACCAAAGGCAGCAAGUUCUACGGGCCCGAAGGUCCUUAUGGAAUAUUUGCUGGGAGAGAUGCCUCAAGGGGACUAGCAACUUUCUGUCUAGAUAAAGAUGCACUCAGAGAUGAAUAUGAUGAUUUAUCGGACUUAAAUGCUGUGCAAAUGGAAAGCGUUAGGGAAUGGGAAAUGCAGUUUAAAGAAAAAUAUGACUAUGUAGGUAGACUUCUAAAGCCAGGAGAGGAACCAUCAGAAUAUACAGAUGAAGAAGAUACCAAGGAUCACACUAAACAAGAUUGAACUUUGUAAAUCACCAAAGUUAGGGGCCUUUGGAACUGUAAUCUUUUAUUCCCCAUCAAAGAAUGUCCUAUACCUUGGAUACACUUCAUCUACUACAGAAAAUGAUUUGUUUUAUAUAUGAUCCUUUCCUGAUGAAGAUUUGAUUUGAUUAGUAGGCAUUCUUUGUGCUGCCAAAAAUUUAUUCUUUCUUUAUUCCUUUUUUUUUUUUUUGCAAUGUAUCUAUGUCUGGAAAGGCUUCAUUAAUGGGGGCCAGGGAUUUAAAAUGCAAAGAAAGUAAUUUCUUGCAGCACGUUGAAGCCUUUGAACAGUUUGUUAUUUACAGGCUUAUGUGUUUCAUGUGUAAUUUCUACUCUUUGAGCUCUAAAUGGAAAACCUAGUUCUUUUAAGGAAUUCAUAGUUAACACAGCGGCUGAAACAUAAAUGGGACUGCUCAGACAGUAAACUACUUCAGAGCUCUGCAGAUUACAUAGUUUCAAAUAAAAUUCUCUAAAGGUAGAAGAGAAUUUAUUUGCAGACAUUAUCAUCUGAAAUCUGCAUUCUAUGCUUGUUUUUUCCCUGAAUCAAAAUAUUUGUGCCUUAUUUCACUUAGACUUGAAUUGUUUUAGAGGAAAACCCAAAAUAUGAGUCACUAAAAGCAGCAUUGAAGAUUGGCUAGAACAGUCAGUUAACUGGAACAAUUGAUGUCAUUUUGUAUAUAGAAUAUAAAGAAAUACACAGUGUUAUAUAUAUAGAUAUAUAUAUAAAUAAUGUGUGUGUGUGUGUCUGUAUACAUACACAUGCAAAAACUUUAAAGAGUGUAAUGGCCAAAUGCAUUCUCCCUUUGCUUUUUAAAUAAGCUCAAUUAGUAUUUUUUCCAUCCCCAGGGAGCUCCUUAAAGGUGAGGAGCCUAACCUCAUAUCAUUGUGAAAUGAGGCUAUGCAUGGAUGUGCGUGCUUGAGUACAAAAAGUGGGAGGAUGGUUCCUACAGAUACUGUAAAUACAAAUACAAUUUUAAUAAAGCAUGUAAAAUACCAAAUGUGCUGUCAGACUUUAUGAAGAUGCUGAAAAACUAGUAUUGGUGGCUAGGACUUUUGUUUCAGAAAAAAAAAAGAAAAUGAUUUAAUAUUUUUGCACUGUAUUAAAUAAACCAUUGGCCAAAUAUUUUUUUAAUAAUUUCAUCAUUAAUUGUAAUACAUAAAAUAUAACAGUUUUGGUGAAUAAAAACAGUGGCAUAUAUCUGCAUAGAACAUAUAUCUGAAAAUGCUUUAGUGAAUAUGUCAUUCUCCUUUCCUAGCCUAUUAACUGCAUCACUUCUUUUAUUUUUUUGAUAUAGCAAGUACUUUUCUUCCAGGUUUUGCAAGCUAGUCAGAACACUAAUCCAGUUGUGGCAUCCAGCAUUAAAAAGAAAAAGCAUGCAAUAAAACAGUGAGUCUGGCAAGAGGGAAAUGUGAUCUUCAGUCCAUCUGUUAAGAGUAUUUUCCACAAAAACACGUGAAAAGUAUCUGGUUCCAAAUGACCAAAUAGUUCUGGCCUUCAGGUUGGAUUGUAAAUGGUGAUUAUUGAUAACAGUGUCUAUAGAAAAAUACUGUUCCUCCCUUUUUUUGAUGUGAACCUUUUGUUGCAUUUAUUUUAAUGUCUAAGCCUCCAUUGAUCAGCCAGUUAUAAUUCUUCCACUCCAAAAUUUUAUUCAAUUGAAAUUAUGCGAUCUGUUUUGAGAAAUGAACAAUUUGUGUUCUUUUAUAAAAAAAAUAAAGUGUUCUGUAGAUAUA